AUGACCCGACUCAACCUGCUUGCCACCCUCUCCACGGCCUGCGCCACAGUGUCCGCCCUGGUCCCGAGACAGGCCGCCCCGGCAAACACCACCACCGGCACCGUCCCCACCGUCGACCUCAAGAACGGCUCCUACUAUGGCCUCUACAACGAGCCCCACGACCAGGACUUCUUCCUCGGCAUGCCGUACGCCCAGCCCCCCGUCGACAACCUCCGCUUUCGCGUCCCCCAACCCCUGAACUCGUCCUGGGACGGCACCCGCAACGCGACGGCGUACUCCCCGCUCUGCUUCGGCUACGGAAGCGACACCUGGGUCCUCGGCAACCACGUAUCGGAAGACUGCCUGACCAUCAACGUCGUCCGGCCCCACGGCGUCGCCGCGGACGCGAAGCUCCCCGUCGCGGUAUGGAUCCACGGAGGCGGCCUCACCAACGGCGGCAGCGCCGACCCGCGCUACAAUCUCUCCUUCAUCGUCGAGCAGGGCGUCCGCAUGGGCUCCCCCUUUGUCGCCGCUAGCAUCAACUACCGCCUGCACGCAUGGGGCUUCCUGUGGAGCGAAGAGAUCAAGGCCGAGGGCGCGGGCAACCUCGGCUUCCGCGACCAGCGCCUGGCGUUGCACUGGGUCCGGGAGAAUAUUGCCGCGUUCGGGGGUGAUCCGGCGCACGUCACCCUCUGGAGCGAGAGCGCCGGCUCCCGCAGCGUGGCGUCGCAGAUGCUGGCCUACGGAGGUCGGGAUGAAGGGCUCUACCGCGCCGCGAUCCUGCAGAGCGGCACCGGUCUCGGGACUGACUUUGGCGAGGUGGAGGCGUCGUCGUCUGCAGCUACGUGGCAGGAUUACUACAACACCAUCAUCAGUAAGACAAACUGCUCCGCGGCGGCCGAUACGCUCUCCUGCCUUCGUAGCGUCCCGGCCUGGACCCUCAGCGAUGUCUUCAACACCACGACCACGAACCCGGCCUUUACGGGCGUCGUAGACGGCGAGUUUCUCGAGGCACCGCGCCACGAGCUAAUCAACGAGGGCAAGUUCACGCGCGUGCCGCUGCUGAUCGGCGCCAACUCGGACGAGGGCACGCAGUUCGGCGUAAAGGGCGUCAACACCACGGCGCAGUGGCAAGCCUACCUCCGCUCCGGCGGGGCGGGUAACCUCACGAUCGAAGUCCUCUCGGCGCUGUACCCUGACAUCCCGCGCCUCGGCACGCCGGCGACGCUGCAGGGCCGACCGAGCGGCGCGCAGGCGAACUUCGGCGCCAUGUGGAAGCGCGUGAACGCGUUCGCGGGCGAUCGCGCGCAGCAUGGUCCGCGGCGGUUCUUCGCGCGCAACUGGGCUGGGCCGAGGGGGAACCAGAGCGUGUACUCGUACAACUUCAACGUGCUCGUCAACGGUAUGACGCCCGCGGAGGGGGUGAACCACUUCCAGGAGGUUGCGUUUGUGUUUAAUAACACGGGCGGGUUGGGGUACGAGACGGCGGUGGCGGUGAAUCCGUUUGAGGGGAAGCCCGAGACGUUCAAGGCGCUGGCGGAGAUUAUGUCGCGGAUGUGGGUUGGGUUCAUCACCGAGGGGGAUCCGAAUGCGAAUGCCGGGGCGACGGGCGUGAAGUGGCCGCGGUAUGAUGUUGAGAACCCUGAGAUUAUGGGGUUCGAUGUCAAUGUUACCGACUUGGUUCAUGUUCAGCCGGAUACGUACCGCGCUGAGGCGGUUGAGUAUUUGAUUCAAAAGCUUUGGUCGUAA